AUGGCCGACGACUACCCACGUCCAGACUUCGUUCGCGAGAGCGUCCAAUGGCGUUCUCUCGACGGCCCGUGGUCCUUUCUCUUCGAUGAUAACGAUGUCGGAUUGUCGCAGUCCUGGCACCUCAAAGGUCUCCCGCAAGAAAUCACGGUGAACCCCACCAACACAAACAGUUCGGACAAGUCCGGAGCACCAGACAUUGUCGCCAAGAUUGCUGCGGGAACACAAGAGCUAUUGAAAGACAACAUCUUUAAGGGUCAUGAAGCUGUCGUCAACAAGAAGCGAGACAUCCAAGUUCCCUAUGUUUUCCAAUGUCCUGCAUCUGGCAUUAAUGAGUUAGGGGUGCACGAGGUUUUGUGGUACGAGAGAGAGGUUGAAGACUUGAGAUCCGAAGAACAGAAGCUCGCCGGUCAUCGUGUUGUCAUCAGAUUUGGAGCCGUCGAUUAUGAGGCCAAAGUGUGGGUUGGCGGACAAUUCUUUGGCGGACAUCGAGGCGGUCAUGUACCAUUCGAUAUCGAUAUCACAGAUGCUUUUGUAUCUGGCAAGACCCAGAGGCUUGCGCUGCGAGUCUUCGACUCAGCACACGAUCUGACUCAGCCAAGAGGAAAGCAAUAUUGGAAGGCACAGCCUGAAAGCAUCUUUUACACACCAAGCGGAGGUAUCUGGCAGACUGUGUGGCUGGAAAGUGUGCCCACAGUCAGAAUUGGAGAUGCGAGCACGGGGACAGUCUUAAAGAGCAACGACAUCGAAAGUGGCAAGCUUGUGGGGGAAAUCAAGGUACUAGGUCGUCCAGCUGGCCAUGCGUUCGGUGUCGAGAUCGAAGCCAGUCUAGAGGGUGUUGCAAUUGGCAAGACAGAGAGACUAGAGCUACCACGUGACUCGGAUAUAGUCUCCAUCGAAACAAACAUGAAGCUGUCCAAAACCCAGCAAGAAGAAGUAACGAAAUCAGCACCGUAUCUUGCCAGCGGCAAGUGCUGGCACAACGGUGUGGCCUUGUGGUCUCCCGAGCAUCCCACGCUCUACGACAUCACCAUCCGCCUCUACUCCUCCUCCUCCGCCCUCAUAGACACCAUCCACACAACAACUGGCAUGCGCUCCCUCUCCUGGUCCACCGCCGAUGGCACGUUCCGCCUCAACAACCAGCCCUACUUCCAAGCCCUCUUCCUCGACCAAGGCUACUGGCCCGACACAUUCAUGACGCCCCCAUCCACCUCCGCACUUAAAAUCGACAUCGAGCUCAGCAAGAAGAUGGGCUUCAACGGCUGCCGCAAGCACCAAAAAGUCGAAGACCCGCGCUUCCUCUACUGGGCCGAUCGGCUCGGCUUCCUUGUGUGGGGCGAGAUGGCAAAUGCAUAUGCGUUUAGCGCGGAGUAUGUCGAGCGCUUCGACCAAGAGUGGCGCGAGGCGGUUAUGCGCGAUAUCAACCAUCCGAGUGUGAUUGCAUGGACGCCGGUGAAUGAGAGCUGGGCAUAUACGGAUCUGCAAGGAGACGUGCGGCAGCGCAAUCAUAUUCGCAGCUUGUAUUAUGCGACGAAGACGAUGGAUCCGACGAGGCCUGUGAAUGAUAAUUGUGGAUGGGAGCAUGUGAAGACGGAUUUGACGACAUUCCAUGACUAUGCGGAUGCGGAUGCGCUGAUGGAGACGUGUAAGACCAUGGAUGGGAUUUUGGGAGCGCAUGGUGGGCGCCCGCUAUUCUUAGAUGCGACUGGUGACGAUCCGGGCUCGUCGCAUAUGAGCAAUGCGCCGGUCAUUUGCACGGAGUUUGGUGGUAUCAACAUUGCGCGCUCGGCGGUAGAAGCGGGUGGACAGCGAGACUGGGGGUAUACGACUGCGACAGAUCCGAAGGACUUGCUGAAGAGGAUUGAGAAGAUGAUGAUGGGCAUCGUCGAUGGAGGACAUAUUGGCGGCUUUGUUUACACACAAUUGACGGAUAUUGAGCAAGAGGUGAAUGGGCUGUACACGCUAGACAGGAAGGAGAAGCUCGACUCGACUGAGGUCAGGAAGAUCGUCGAGCACGUGAAGGAAAGGUACAGGACGAUGCACAAGUAG